AUGGAGCCAUUCUUAACGGUUAAUGGUUUGUUAAGAUUAAAAGAAAAAGGACUGUGUGUUAAGAAAUUGAUAAUGGACGAUGAUACAACGACUUUUGUACUGGCAAAAAGAUCUUUAUCGGAUGACAUCGAAAAGGCUGGCGAUAAAAAUCACAUUAUCAAGAAUAUGACCAAUGAGCUGUACAAGAUCAAAGAUAAGAAUAAAAACAUGUCCGUUAAAACUAUCAAAUAUUUCUCAAAAUGUUUUUCAUACGUACUCAGCCAAAACAAAGGGAAUCCAGAAGGAAUUAGAUCGAACCUGAAAGCUGUAACACCACAUGCAUUCGGUUGUCACGAUUAUUGUAACGUAAGCUGGUGUAGAUUUUUGUCGGACAAGGAAAAUUACACACAUAAAUCACUCCCAUUCGGGAAAGAUCUCGUUGGAGAAGUAUUACGGACAGACUUGGAAGCCUUAUUCUCACGGUAUUCGUCAGAAGCAAUGUUACAUAAACUUUCUGAUCUUCAGUCAUCAAACCUGAAUGAAAACUUGAACCAGAUGAUAGCAAGGAAGGCCCCAAAAGCUGUACAUUACUCAGGAUCGGAAAGUCUCGAUUAUAGAAUUUCGGCGGCAGUUUCGCAAAAAAAUGAGGGUCAAUUUUAUCUGGUGAAGGUCAAUGAAACUCAUAACCUUUCUCCAGGGAAAUUUACACAAAAGAAAUUAAAUGCGCUAGACCAAAAGAGAAAUUUGCGGAAACAUUCUGAUAUGACUAUAGAGAAAAAGAGAAGACGGCUUGAAUUAAAAGAGGCUAGACUGUCCAAUCAAAACACACAUGAAGUACUUGAAGGGAAAACAUACGAAUCCGGAGUGAGUAUUUUGGACGAUACAGAAAGUAUAGACAUUGAGGAAAUUCCGGCGCUGGACACAUUUACCCCUACAUGCACAACCAUUGAAAAUGUCGAACUGGAUAAUUUCAUCAUUUUUGGUCUGGAAACAACUGGGUUAAAUUUUGAUGUUGAUAUCAUACAAAUAGCAGCGACGGACAUGACGACCGAGAGUCAGUUUCAAAUGUAUGUACGACCACCGUCUGGCUACAUUCCUAAAAGAGUUACUGAAAUCACGGAGUUAGAGAUGCACGGUUUGCAAAUGUACCAUAAAUUAAUUCCGGUGAAGUCUACUGGCAUUAAAGUAGCUCUAGAACUAUUUCAAAAUUGGAUAAAACAAUUUAGCAGAUGUGUAUUGGUUGCACACAACGCUAACUACGACGCAAAAGUAUUUAUGAAUGCAUGUGAAAUGCAUUCUAUUAAUAUAGAUAAUCUGAUAGGAUUUGCAGAUAGCUUGAAACUUUUUAGAAAGUUAUACCCUGACAGAAAAGGCAAGGGCGCUCAUAGCCAGUCAUCAUUAGUGAAUGAUAUUUUUCACAAGAGUUAUGAUGAACAUAACGCCAUUGCAGAUGUUUCGUGUUUAAAAGAGCUUCUGCUAUCGGUUGAAAGUGUAAAAGAAAAAUUGUCAGUAUUUUCUGUUAAUGAUGUGAAUCAGUCAAUCAAGCGUAUCAAAAAUGAAAAAAUGUUUUACAAAACUUAUACGCAAAUGAUAUAUGAUAAAAUGAUACCAAAAAGUCAUGCGAAAAACCUUGCCGGUAGAGGUCUGAGUUUAAAGCAUUUAGAAACAAUACAUGAACGUUCCGGAGUUCAAGGUUUGCAAGUAAUCUGUAAAGGUAUUUCAACAAAUCCAGCGAAAGUUGCCACAAAUAUUUCAGCGGCAUUCUCAACUACAAAAACAGAUCAGUCUUGAAUACGGAGCCAGAUACAGAGUUAUACAAGAUAAUCCCAUUCACUGGAUACUAACCUCAACAGUUACAGCAUAUGUUUCAGAGUUUAUGUUAUAUUUAUCUAUAUAUCCGAGUUUGCAGAAUGAUAUCACAUUUUGAUGCGACUAUGACAGAAAAACAGCGAUUUCCCUUCAUGUAUACACGCGCCGCCAGAGGGCGCUCGUCAAAGGAAAUGUGGAACAAAUGAAAGACAGCAGACGAUAGCACAUACAGACCUAGUAUCAGCCUUUAUAUAAUACUUCGAAAUUUCUAUCAGCUAGUCAUCAUUAGUAAAUGACAUUUUUUAUAUAGUAAUAUAAAUAAAACUAGCGUCUUUAAGAAAAUCGUUUAACAGACACUGAAGUUUAUUUCUAGAUAAUAUACAGUGUACUUAGAUUGUAAAUUACUUAACACUAAAUAAUGUGAAUCUAUUUUAGUAAAGAAGAUUACAUUUCUUUUGUGCCAUUUCAUUGACCUGUAUAUACAAAAAGUAUCUACAAAGGACAUAAUGAACAAAACGUUUGUGUGACGUUAACACCAUAAAUGACGUAUCAACGUCGCGAUAUCAAGCUUACCAACAGAAAUGAAAUGUAAAUUUACAAAAAAUCUGCCGUGAAGACCCCCUUUUUUUAUUUUAUUUUCUUGUUCAGAAAAGAUUAAAGAAGAAUAUAUUUGAAAAUCAGGAACUUUGACCGUUCCGUUUUAUUUUAUAUCGGCUAAACUGAAAUA